AAAACUUGUUUACAUUUGUGUUUGUGGCGGGCAAGAAUUAUCUUUGUUUUCGGUUGAUUAUAAAAGUUGUAUAUUAAUAUUUUAAUGAUAUUGAGAAGUAAAUUAGUGCUUUAAUAUGUCCAGUACUAACAAGUCUUCAAAGAAGCGGAAACCUUCCACCCCUGAUGAAACCAUAACCGAAAAGAAAAGACCAAAAACUCAAGCGUCUACCUCCAACCAAGAAUCAACAUGUGAAAGGCGAGCAGGCACAGUAAACUACAUAAUACUGAGAAACUUCAUGUGUCACUCUUUGCUAGAAGUAGAUUUUACCCAAAAUAACAUUAGUAUGGUAAUUGGAAAAAAUGGCAGCGGAAAAAGUGCUAUUUUAACCUCUUUGAUUGUCGGAUUAGGAGGCAAGGCCAGUUUAACUAGUCGAGGAACGAGUGUAAAAGGUUUUGUAAAAGUGGGAAAACCAUCUUGCAACAUUGAAAUUCAAUUAUGCAACGAAGGCCCCAUGGCAUACCGACCAAGACUAUUUGGAAACACUAUAACAAUUAUAAGAAAUAUUUCCGCUGGGGGUGGAGGAAGCUACAAAAUAAAAUCUGCAGAAGGUGAAGUAAUUUCGACAUCGGCCAAGGAAGUCACGAAUAUUACCACGAAUUUAAAUAUUCAAGUGGAUAAUCCUAUUUGUGUUCUGACGCAGGAUACCUCGAGGAACUUUUUGAGUAGCAACGACCCAAAAAUCAAAUUCAUGUUAUUUAUGAAGGCUACUAAGUUGGACGUGCUUGAAACCGAGUAUCGGACCAUUUUGAGCAAUAAAAAUGAAUGUUGCAGGAUUUUGGAUGAUAAGAAAACUAAUUUCAUGAAUCUGCAAGAAGAAAUCAGAAGACUAAAACGUAAAAUUGACGGCCACCAGUCAAUAGUAAAUCUAAAAGAGCGAAAGUUGGCUUUACAAUGCGAAAUGCUCUGGUCGGAAGUAAAAGACGUUGAAAAAGAGCUGGAGGAGGACCAAAAGAAACUGGAAAAAAUGGUCAAGAAACUGGAGGAUUUUCAGGCGAACAGCAACAAAAAAACCGUGGAAAUCGAGGGGAUCGAGAGCAAGAUCAGGGAAUACGAACGGCAACUGGCCGAGCUAAAAGACCAACUGGAAAUCCAACAAAGGCCCCAAAACGAUGUCAAAAGGAUAUUAGAUGAGCUUCAUACUGCUUAUAAUGAAGCCAAAGCAAGGAGGCAGGGCCUUAGUAUCGAAAUCAACUCGAAGAUCAGUGAUGUGGAGUAUUUGCAGCAAGAAAUAACCAAUGCCAACGAGAAUGUUUCGAAGGUAGAGCAGGAGAAAAAGGAACGGCUAGUGAAACUAUCAAGGCUGCAAGAAAAAAUUAAAAGUGUCGAUGAUCACUUGGAAACCGCGCGAAAUGAGCUGUUUCAAAUCAGAGGAGACGUGUCGAGGAAACAAGAGGAUGAAGAGAGUUUGAGGGUUGAACUUACUCAAGCGGAUCAAAAAAUUUCUAGAGAAGAAGCCAGUUUGCAAGCAUUAAACCAAACAUCUGGAAACAGCCUGGUAAUAUACGGCAGAAAUAUACCUACCGUAAAAGAAAUUAUUAAGCAAAACAGACACAAGUUUCAAUAUGAGCCAAAAGGUCCUUUGGGCGCCUACAUAAAGUUAAAAGACAAAAAGUGGGCUGUGGCGGCCGAGGGUUACCUAGGGGGAGGAAUGCUGAGCGCUUUUACGGUUGAUAACCAACAAGAUUGCAACUUAUUGAGGCAAAUAUUCGCGCAAUAUUUGCAGGGCGAGCGCCAACCCACCAUCAUUACUUCAAAGUUCCUUAAAACUAAACAUGACGUGCGUGAUAAUUUAGUGCAAGCGCCAAGGGAUUGUAUAUCUUUAUAUGACGCCCUGAUAAUUCAUGAUGUGGUCGUUUCAAAUUGUAUAGUUGAUCAGAUGUCUUCUGAGAAUAUAUUGCUUAUACCUAAUGGGGAGAGGGCCAUGGAGCUGAUGUCUGAUAGGGCAAACGUCCCCAGAAACUGCAGACAAGGGAUUACCAUAACUGGUGACAAAUACUACCCAGAUCCAGACUACAAAACUUACGCGUCCACUUAUCACAAGGCGCGUUAUUUACAAAUCGAUACCAAAGAACAUAUCCAGCAUCUUCAGGAAACUAUCCAAGCCUUGAAGACCAGACGGCAAACUGUGCAUAACCAACUAAAAUCCCUGCAAAGGGAUAUAAACAAUCAAACGUUACUACAAAAAGAGUUGGAGGAUAAAAUCCGGAGGGUCACCGUGGCCAAACAGCAAAUUAGAAAGCAAUAUGAUGAGUUGAGCACCGAAGCCGAACCGGAGGUCCAUAAUUUGCAAAAUCUCGAACAAGAGCUGCAAAGCGUGAAAACCACCCUAAUCGAAAAAAACGCUGAACUAGGCCAAGCGGAGGAACAGAUGCGCGAAAUCCAGUCGAAAAUCACUGGACAAACGGAGAAACUGGCUCAAAUGAAAAAAUCUGCCAAGUCGUUAGAAGAACGACUGUGGCCUGUCCAAGAAAAGAUCAAAGAAUGCGAGUCGAAGCGACGUCAACUGUCAACUGUUGGCGGGUUCGAUCAGCAACGUUUGGCGGAACUACAGAGGAAAGUGGACAGUGCGCGGUCCGUGGUCGUUUUGAAACAAACGGAAGUGACCACUAAGACGAAGAACGCUUCUAAGUUUAAGAGGCCAGAAGAAAUCAGAAACAUUCCCGAAAUAAAUACUGAAGUACAGGAAAUCACGAGGGCGAUAGCCCGUAUGGAAAAUGAAAACGAGGAUAUCGAAGUAGUCAGCGCCCGACACAGGCAGCUAAUUGAAAAAUAUAAAUCGGUAGCGGAUAUAAUGAAAAUGUUGUACAAAGACAGAGAAGAGCUAGAUAAAGCCGUGGACCGAAGAAAAAAACAUUAUAAACUUACAGAAAACUAUUUUGUUACUUUCAUGAAACAUUCCUUUAAGAAAAUAUUAGAAUUUAGGGGUUUUAAGGGCUCAAUAGAAAUAAAUAUGGACCUUAAAAAGCUAGAUUUAGUAGUUAUUCCGCAACAAGGCUCUCAGGGAUUGACCACUACAUCGAAUUUGUCAGGGGGCGAAAGGUCGUUUUCUACGGUGGCCUUUUUAUAUGCCUUGUGGCAAUGUAUGGACUUUCCGUUUUAUUUUCUGGACGAAUUUGAUGUAUAUAUGGAUAAAUUAAACCGUACCAAAGUGAUAGACAUCUUACUGCACCACGCCAAUUCCAAGCCAGACUUGCAAUUUGUGUUUUUGACGCCGCAAGAUGUUUCGUUUGUGAAACAAAAUGUUUCGAUUCUUAGGUUGGAGGAUCCAGAAAGACUCAAUACUUAGGACUAAGAACAAACUGUUAACAUCACAAACAAAAAUGAAUAAAACAUUUUAGAACAAACUUACAUCUACACUAUACUAUUAAAAAAAAGUAUUAUAAUUAAUCACUAAAAAGUGAUUGCAUUUGUAAAAUAGAUUAUUUUUUUACAA